AUGAGUUUAAUUCUAAAACACGAACAACACAAAUUCGAAGAUUAUUCGGGCGACGGUAUCUUUUCUUCAUUAUUUUUUCUAGGUAAAACAAUAAUUCCAAAAGUAGCCAGCUUUGUUUCAAACAUCAAAUCACUCAUUUCAACCGGAGCGAAAGCCGUCGGCUCAAUCGCCCAAACAGGAAAGAGUAUAAGCGAAGCAGUGAAACAAUCUGACGAGUUGAAAGAAUUACAACUAAUAAGAGAUCUGCGAAACAGGAGAUUAGAAGAAAGGAAAGGAAAAGGUUUUAAAGUUAUAAAGAUAAAAAUGAUAGUCGCUCACGCUCCAAAAACUUAUUUUGGUUCAAAUAUACAUAAAUCAUUGGGUUCUCUUCCUGGAUUUCCAUGUGCGAAAUAUCCCAGAGAAAAACAUCUUCCCGGUCAUAAUUACACUGAUCCAGGUACCAGAUCCAGAGAAGAUAAGAACAUAACCAUUGAAGAAUUGGAAAAAUUCAAUGAAAUUUUAGAUAAAUUUGAUGUAGAAAUAUCAUCAAUAAAAGUUAAAAAUUCCUAG